UCCGCGCGGACCCUGCCCGUCCCCGCUCUGUCACCUCACAGUAGUCGUUGCCGGUGGCGGGUGCGGGGGCGCGUGCAGCGCAGGGCCGCCUCUCCCCCGCCCCUCAGGCCGGGCCUGGGCUCGGUCCCCGCCCCGCUCCCUCCGCUCCCCACCCCCGUCGGGUACGGGAAGGUCCAAGCCGCUGCCGGGUGCCUGAGGGACUUCGUGGCCGCCGCCGCCACGGGUCCCGAUGGAGCCGCCGAAUCUCUAUCCGGUGAAGCUCUACGUGUACGACCUGUCCAAGGGCCUGGCCCGGCGGCUCAGCCCCAUCAUGCUGGGGAAACAACUGGAAGGCAUCUGGCACACCUCCAUAGUGGUACACAAGGAUGAGUUCUACUUCGGCAGUGGUGGUAUCUCCAGCUGUCCCCCAGGAGGGACAUUGCUUGGGCCCCCAGAUUCUGUGGUUGAUGUGGGGAGCACAGAAGUCACAGAAGAACUCUUUCAGGAGUACCUGUCCUCCCUGGGGGAGUCUCUGUUCCGGAGAGAGGCCUACAACAUCUUUGAAAACAACUGUAAUACCUUCACCAAUGAAGUGGCACAGUUCCUGACUGGGCGCAAGAUCCCUUCUUACAUCACUGACCUUCCCUCUGAAAUUCUAUCCACGCCCUUCGGACAGGCUCUGCGGCCCUUCCUGGACCCCAUCCAGAUCCAGCCUCAUGGAGGGAGCCCUGUAGGCCGACCCAAUGGCCAGAGUUAACAGGACUGCAUGGGACCACCCUGCCUCAUCAGGGGCUUUUCCUUUUUAAACAAAACAAACCCUACCAGAUUUCUAUUUUAUAAUUUUACAUCAGAGCUAACAACCAGGGGACGGCUUUUUAAAUUUCCCAGGGAAGGAGAUCAUCAGGCUGCAUGUAGGACAAUGCUGCUAAGAUACAGAACAAAAUGCCAUCCCUUCUAAUAGUAUUAUACUAAUUUAUUAAGGCUGUCUUGUCUGUGAGUUCACUUUUGACGCUGCUUCCUGAGCGUCCUCCACACUGGAGAAAGGGAGGGGGUUUGUUUAAGCAGAAGGCAAGAGGCACAGUUUGGGGGAGCCCCAACCUAGCACCUCUUUGCAGAGAAUGCCCAUGCUCUACCCAGGUUGUCACCACCUGUGGGACCCAGGUGAGUUUUACGACCUCUGUGAAGUGGCAGUUGCAACAUCCUGGAAGCAGUUACUGUCUGGUUUUUAAAUGAACCAAAGGAUUUGGUGGUGCACCUGGGACCAGUUUCAGGAUGACUAACCAACCUAAGUGAACUCUGUAGCUGCAACCUCUCUCACCUUCCCUCCCUACCCCAAGCAAGGCCACGGGGCCAGGGCUGGAGCAACCAGAAGCCUCAGGAUCAAGGGAGGAUGACAGCAAGUGUCAGGCCAGAGAAUACAGGAUAAAGCCAUUCUUCCUUCCACCUACUGAUUGCCAAUCCUCUGAUAUCAAUUUUGGAGCACCUGCCUUGCUGCCUACAGGCUGCUCUUCCUCAGCAUAACUCACCUGAUAGUUACUGAAGGUUUGGGCUGGAACGGCAGAGACCCAAUCUUCAUGUCUACAAGUAAUAAUGUAGUUUAUUUGCAGUCACUGUACCUCCCACCCCACCCCCCAACCAAUAUGCAAUAUUUGGCUAGGGACCAAGGGGAAAGGACUCCCUGCUCUAGAAAAAUAUCCCUGACAUAGAAAGAAUAAUAAUGCAGAAUCAAGGUGGCAAGAAAAUUUCAAGUUAUUUUCGAUAGAUUUUUUUUUUUUUUUUUUUUACAUUAUCCUCAAUGUGUUUUGAAGGCACGUGUUAUUUCCAUUGUCAUUCUGACUUCAAGAAUUCACUGUUGAGAGCCUGACUGGCCAUUUUCCUCAUGAGUUGCUGCCAGGAGCUUAUAGGGAGGGACAGUCUGGAGAUUUCUUAUCUGGAGAGGCUUUCAGAUUCCUUUUCUUCAUAUGCCUCCCUUAAGUUAGUUUUCAGGGGAGUGAGUGUUGGGGAAGGGACUUAGAACUGCCAGGUGUCUGAAUCCCAGCCCUGGCAUCUGUGCGCCCCUUCUUGCCACAGCUCCUGCCACUUCUCAGACUUGAAUUAUGUUCUCUUUUCUGGGGUCUGGCCCGUAGCAGGUGCCUUUGCUCUUCAAAAAGCUGCUGUUCAUCUCUGGCCUCAUCUCCUCCUGUCUCUGCCAUUAGUCAUAGCAGUUGGCACCAUUGGGGUCUUGGCUGGAGGAAAAGAUGGUUUUCUGCCUUAGUGUUUGCCUGUGACCUGACCAGGGGCACCUCCACGGUAACCAGCUGUGAUGUCAAGCGACAUUUUGGAGACCAGAAACCAGCAGGGACUCUUUAAUGUAGACCCAUGUGCAGAAUUGGGCUCAAGGAGGAUGGGUUUCAGGCUAGGUUUCUCUUGGAGGGCAGCUCAUUGGUUUCUCUUGUUGGGCAGCCUUCUCCCUGCCUCCCACCCAAUUUCUGUCCUUCUCCAGCUUGCCUUGCCCGGGCCUCUCUCCUCAGAACUCAGCUCUCUCCAGAGGGGACUGGGCAUCACAGGCUGCUUCUCCCUUCUUCCCCAUACCCAGGCUCAACUGGCUGCAUUCCUAAUAGCAGUCACUCCAGACCCAGGAGAAGUUAACCAAACUGGCUACCCUAAGAAACUAAGUCACUUGGUACAUUGAAAGCACCCCCACUCCAUGCCCAGCAGCCAUUUGUGCCAAUGCCUGUGCCCAAAGGAUUGUGGGGAGAGAUGGAGGGGCCAGCCAGCUGUCUACUCAGAGUGCCUCCAGGAAGGCAAGCUCACUUUCCCCACCCAAGCCCCCAGCACUCAUUUUGGAAGCCUGGGAUGAGGCUACAACCCCCAACCCCGUCCUCAUACUUCUCGGUCAAUCCCAGAACCCCAGAAGCAUGCUCAUUGUGACCAGCUAGCUCCACACAGGUGUGUGAGGCAAGCAGAGUGAGAAAUGAGCCAUGUGUGUGAUCAUAUCCUACACUGGACACCUUCAGGGAGGUCCAUUGGUUUAAAGGGACAGAGAAGGUGGAGGGAUGAGACCAUCACCCCCCUCCCCAAAAUAAAGCUAUACCUUUGAGAUUUCCUUUUUACCCUUGAAGUCAAACUAAUAACUGUGUCUAGUACGGAGGUGUUUGCUGGUUUUCUUUGGUAUUUUUUCUAAUGCAAUAAACUCAUUCUGCCUGCUGCA